AUGAGUCCGUUACCACAACUGCUGCGACGUUUACAAGAUGCACCGGGCGAUCAAUCUCAGAAGCCAUCCGACCCGAACGGGCUGGUGUUGGAAGCAUGGGCGGAAGGGUUUAUGAUAGGAUCGCUCAUAAUAAUGACAUGCAUUACGUUGGCGAAUAUGAGGAGAGGCGUGUUGCUACACAAGUUGAUUUUGAUCGAGUUAAUAUUCGGCUACUGGCAAGGCUUUUUUAUUCUGUUCAACCCACCCAUCUAUGCGUGGUGGCUUUCUGCCGCGGCAAUACCACUUAAUAUUUCUUGGUGGCUGCACAAUGUUAUCGCUUGGAUGAAAUUGAAACCGUUCUUGUCGCGCACGAUCAGCAGGAUCUUCAUUGGGACAGUGAUCUUGGUGAUACCAUAUUGGAUCACCGAGAUCUAUGCCAAUUUUGCCUACUUUCAUAACGUGAACGACCUUUUCUUGCGGACAAGGCCGUGGGAGGCAUUAUGUCGAGAUCCUUGGUGGAUUGCGGCUGCGCUGUUCUUGAUUUACAACAUCAAAACAAAAUACGACCUGACGCUCACGCAGAUUGUGAGAAUAUCCCCUCGCUUCGCCGUCAUGUUGGCGGCAAUGGCCCUUAGCAUAAUAUUUAUCAUCUUGGACGUCUUGUCAGUGACAGAAGCCUUCUCGUCAGUCCUGCCGGUUGGUAUUAACCCGUUCUGGAAGCUGUCGUUUGUCUUCAAGUGCUUGACAGACUCUGUGGUGCUAGAUGACUUCAAAACAGCGUUGGAUCGAUUGCGAGCGUUCAAAAUUAGCAGAUUAGGGAGUUUUGCACUGGACAACAACGACCGACGUCAGAAGGAGCACCUCGAGACUGUGUACGACACAAAUCACUGGUCGGAGCCACCACCAGGAGCACCACUCAGUCAGCUGCCCGAUAUGCCAAUGACAAUGAACCCCAGUUCAAAAGGAUCAAGAUGGAGAAGUGUCGACGCUUCUGCAUCACACGUUGAGCAAUUUCGACCCGACGUUGUGCGAACAGCUUCAAGAGACCGCGACAUUGAAGAAAACGGUGUCAAGGUCAUCGACCACGCCAGCAGGAGUCUAACCAGUGACCAAAGGAGAUUGAACGAUUCGGAUAGUUGGCGAAGGCAUUCCCUCGACACAGUUUCUGAUGCCGAUGUUGAGUACGCCGAGGCAUGCCGUCAGGUGGCUAGCAACGAUAAACGAACCAGUCCAUCAAGCACGACCACAAGAAACGCGCAGUAA